AUGUUUAAACUGUGCACUCUCAAUCUGGAUGCAUGUGAAAUUUUUCGUAUCGAGAUCAAUCAAAGUGUCAAUGGCAGAUCUGCGGCACCUCAUGGUAUUCAACAAAAAAUAUGCAGAGAUUUCCUAUCGGUAUUCGCACCUUCCGGAGCACUUGUAGCCCCUCAACGGGAUCUGAAAGAAAUCAUCGUACUCGCUUCUACUGACUUUUUCAAAGGGACAGAAUUUCAUUCUUGGCUCCAGAAGGAAUGUUUGGAAGUCAAGCAGAACAAUCGCGCUGACACCCAUUCAGUAGAGGAAUGUCUUCGUUACUCGAUAGUCGUCUGGCUUGAACCACAUCAUUACUAUAGAUGUGGUAAGGCGCUGCUGAAAGGACCAUUCCUAGAACCAGAGGUUCAGCAAGCAGUUCGGAUAUCGUUUGCAGUUUACUGCACAUCUUGUGGGGAUCUUUUUCUGCGAGUUACUCCCGAAAUAGUUCGCCUAUUCCGACUUGAAACGUGGGAACUCGACGAGCCACCAACCGGACGCAAAUGGGUUUACUGUCUUCCGAAACUCGGCAGAGGACAACUGGUAGAAAAGCAUAGUCGUCUUCCCCCGGACUGUGGAUUCGCCACUUAUGGGGAGAUGAGAGCAUACUGGAAGAAUUGUUACGGUUACGACUUACCUUUGGCUGAAUCCGAACACUAUUAUGACGUAUGGUUUAACGGUAUAAACAAUUCAUUCUUAUAUCCAGAUUAUUGUGUAAUGUCAUCAGAGCCUGUGUCUAUCCAGUUUCGAGAUGAGUACACCAUGACACGUCUUGCCUCAGAAGAAUUCUGCAAUGUUUUUGCUUCCACUGAGCAUAGAAUAUGUGGAGAAAAAGCUUACAUGGUUGCUGCUGAUCCCAAACUUAUAAAAUUGUCUGUUCUCCCUACUGGAUCUAGUUCUCGUAGACGAAAAAUUGCCUCUAACGUGGAUUUGUAUCAGCCUCGAGAAAAAGAAACUUUUCCAGUGGACAUACCACAUGUGAACGGUGUAAACGUCAAAGAUGAGAAAUCUGAAACCUAUGGAAAACAAAACCAAGUAUCAGCUGCACCAGCGACUAAGUUUGGUAAAAUACGGAAAUCUUUUCCUCUUCCUAUAGAAAAGAAAAGGAUGUCCGCAGCGGCAUCCACAACAGCUCAGAAUUCGCAGAAACUGCUAUUUGAAAUGCCGGGGGUAACUUCCAAAUCCACGCCUAGUCGUAAACGAAGAAUCAAUGUAGAAUAA